AUGGCUUACUUCACCUCCCUCUGGAAAGCGAGAAUAAUAGAGAAAUGCAAAACGGAAUACGAAAACGAAAAACUCAACUCAAUUCUCGCGUCGAACACUGAGAUUCCCCGUACAAGUAUUUUGCAGAAAUGGCGUAUUUACAGGCGCGACACAAAAACCCGCGUGACUGGAAAACUAAGGAAAUGGUUCCCGGAUGGUUCCUACGUAUCCAAUAUGUAUUUGUACUUGAAAACUGACCAGACGUUCCCUAAUUUCGUUUUGAAAAGCGUCGUCGGCUUCCUCGGUGGCAUUGUGCUUACGUAUCUCUGCUUUAUGUUCUUUGUGUUCCAAUUGUCGAUAUCGCUCAUCCACGCCACUAUUAUGAGUUCCGUUAUUGGCGUUCUACUCACACUAGGACUCGCCUUCAGUUAUAGAAUCAGAUGUCUAGUAUUCCUACUGAUCCCGCAGCUGUUCUCCCGAGUGGGUCGUUACACAAUCACCUGCUACGCCCUGGUGCUGAUACUGACAGGACCUGCCACCAACACCUUCAAGAAUUCUGAAGUGCUCUCAGAAUCUAUGGCCUGUAGUCAGGAACAAAUAAAAGGUAGCGUCAGAGAAAUAAACGAGUCGAUAAAAAAACCUUUCAACGCAAUGAAGGACACUAUAACGCUAAUGGUCGGCACUAUCAAACGCCUCGCCUGCGCUGUGGACGGGAUUAUCUCUAGGAUAGAUGUAUUGGCUACUACUAUUUCUGACGUAAUCCAAUCAUCAUUGUCCUGGUUGAACUCAGUUGGUGACAUUUGCAACAACAAAUUUGGACUACCCUACGAUUAUUGUAUGAAAGCUGUGAACCGUGGUGUAUUGAACUGCAAAAACACCUUCAAAGGCGACUUCGGAAGGCUUUGCAAUGCUUCCGCUGCGAAAGCUGCAUGUUUGUCUGUCAAACCGUAUCGCUCUGUUUGCUUUAUAGCUGAUUAUUCUACUAUGUCAUUUGCUGCGACAAUGAAGAGAAAGAUAAGAUUAUUCACCGAUCGAAUCAACAAAGUGUUUUCCGUUAACGUUAAUAUUAAACACACUUAUACAUUUACCAACAACGCGAGUGACUCGGCUAGCCAAAUAGCUGCUGGUAUAGUCACUGAGAUCAGAACUCGAGCUGAUCCACUGCUCACCUGGUUAUCUUGGAGUUCUUGUGUCACCAGCUUGUUUCUGUUGCUCAUCAUAUUCAGAGCCAAAUAUUAUCAGCACAUGUUCGAAACAAGAUCGAGAUUCGACAAUCUCUACGUGACUAAAGAGUUGUGCGAGUUAGAUCUAAAGAGGUACCUCGAGGGACGUGUGACCAUACUGCCGUUGAAUAAGAGGGAACAAGCGAAAUAUAUCAAUGUAACUUCAUUUCGUUUGGUAACGACGGAAAAGCGUUACCUAACUCGUGCUGUGGUUUUCAUGACCAUAACAACGUUUAAACUUCUGAUACAUAUCGUUGCUGACUACAGCUUGUACUGGGUUCUGACCACCAUACGCUAUCAUGGGCGUUUCCAAACUGUAUUACCACACGGCCCAUAUAGUGCUGGUGUCCACAUAUCGGGGCAAGGGACUGUGGCAGAUCUUAUACGAUCUAUAUUCAAUGCGUUAACCAUUCCCCUGGUGCAGACAAUACCAUCGCCUAUCACGUGUCUUCCUAAUCCUUAUCCACCUGAUUUGCAGCGAUACACUCAAAUUGCUGUACUAAUAAUGCUCCUGUGGUUCUUUGCGCUAUUCGAACCCUACGGUCUGCGUCUUCGACACGUCAUCAUGGGUCACUACCGACCCGAGCGCGCAAAAGCACGGGCUGUGUGGCUUUACAAUCAUAUAUUGCGUACUAGAGGCAGUUUUAUGAAAUUGGCGCGCAGAAAACUGCACCGUGAAUACAAAUACUCAAAUCAGGAACACCUCACGUUUCGACAUUGGAUAAAUUCACUUUUACCUUGUAACACAAGGAAUUGUCCCGGAGUGUAUUGUGCAAGGUGCUAUUGCGAUAUUGGUCAUUUGUGCACCAUUUGUAUGUCACCCACAGACUAUGGGGACUUGAGUGAUGUCAGCCUAGAAACAUGGGUGAAGGUCAUUUCUAAUUCGGAUGUUCUACUAGCUGACAUUGACAAUGAUGAGUUAAAAAACCACUAA